UGUGAAAUGCUAACGAUGCUAGCUAGCACUAGCUGCCGCAGCGGAAGCUGCUUUUAUUCUGAAAACAGGAAGUGCUGGCGUCACUGCUGUUUUCAACAGACCGACGUCACAGGCAGAGUGGACGUGUGCGCAGACAGGUACGGCUCAGGUAUGAUGGGAGCCUCUGUCCUCUUGGGACUGCUGAUGGCCUUCGUCCUCCAGGGACACUGCACAGAAAGUCCCAGCUCCAGAAGGUUGCAGGAAGGCGAUUGCGCCUCCAGGACCAAACCCCCGCUGCUCUUCAACUCCCACAACUUCUCCAUGGACCUGCGCAUGCCGGGCGUGUCUCCGAGCAACUCGGACACCUACCUCUGCAUGGCCUUUCCUGUUCCCACCAAUCAAGACUCCUACAUCGUGGACUUCAUUCCUCACGCCAGCAUGAACACGGUCCAUCACAUGAUCCUGUUCGGCUGCCAAAGCCCCUCCUCCGCCAGCAGCUCUUGGGACUGUGGGGGGGCGCUGGGCACCUGCAAAGACGACCCCUCCAUCAUGUACGCCUGGGCCCGGAAUGCUCCGCCCACAAAACUUCCUAAAGAUGUGGGGUUCAGAGUUGGGAAAGGUUCUGGGAUGUCGUACUUCGUGCUUCAGGUCCAUUAUGGAGACGUCAGCGCCUUCAGAGACCAUCACAGAGACUGCUCUGGACUCACCUUAAGGAUGACCUCCAAGCCGCAGCCCUUCGUCGCCGGCAUUUACCUGCUGAUGUCCGUGGACACCGUCAUCCCUCCAGGAAAAACCGUUACGAAUGCAGACGUGGCCUGUGACUACGCCUCCUACCCCAUCUACCCGUUUGCCUUCAGGACUCACACACACCGCCUCGGCAAGGUGGUCAGUGGAUACAGGAUCCGCAAUGGGAAGUGGACCCUGAUUGGUCGACAGUCCCCUCAGUUACCACAGGCUUUCUAUCCGGUCAACACGGAGCUGAGUGUGCAGUACGGAGACACCGUCGCCGCCAGGUGUGUGUUCACCGGAGAGGGCAGGACCUCCGAAACGGUCAUCGGCGGCACCUCUGAUGACGAAAUGUGCAACUUCUACAUGAUGUACUACAUGGACAGAAGGCACGCCGUCCCCUUCAUGAGCUGCAUGGAGAGCGGCUCCAGGGAGCAGUUCCGACACAUUCCUGCGGAGGCCAACGUUCCCAUCGCCGUCAGUCCGGAUCAGAUGAGCUCCAUGAUGCACAUGGGACACGCUGCAGAUGACAGUGUGCUGCUGGACAAAAGAAGAGGAGGGCAGGGCGCCGAUCAGGACUACCACCUGGAGCAGGUGACAGACUGGCCUGAGGGGAACCUGCAGCUGGGUCAGGUGUCGGGUCUGGCACUGGACUCGGACUCCAACCUGGUCAUCUUCCACAGAGGAGACCAUCACUGGGAUCUGGACUCCUUUGACGGCCGGGCCCGGUACCAGCACAGGUCCCUUGGACCCAUCCAGCAGUCUGCCAUUCUGGUGGUGGACCCGGCCAAAGGCAGAAUCCUCAAAGCCUCAGGCAGGAACAUGUUUUAUCUGCCUCAUGGGAUAACUGCUGACAGAGACAACAACUACUGGGUGACCGACGUGGCUCUGCAUCAGGUUCUGAAGGUGAGCAGUGAUGGCAGAGACAGAACCUUGCUGGCUCUGGGAGAAGCUUUCACUCCAGGAAGUGACAGCAGCCACUUCUGCCAGCCCACCGACGUGGCCAUCGACCCGCACACCGGGAACGUCUUCGUGUCUGACGGAUACUGCAACGCCAGGAUCCUCAAGUUUUCCGCUGAUGGAAAAUACCUUUCCCAGUGGGGAGCAGGCUCGCUGGACCGGAGGCAGCGUGCACGUUUCCAGAUCCCCCACAGCCUGGCCUUCCUCAGCGACAGAAGAGAGGUGUGCGUGGCUGACAGGGAGAACGGGCGGAUCCAGUGCUUCAUCGCAGACACCGGAGAGUUCGUCAAAGAGAUUAAAAAGGAAGAGUUUGGAGGAAAGGUGUUCGCCAUCUCCUACAGCCCUGCUGGAGACGGCCUGAUCUAUGCGGUGAAUGGCGACUCACCGUAUCACUCGGCUCCACUUCGAGGUUUCGUCAUCAAUUACACAAGCAGGGAGAUUCUGGACACCUUCAGCCCCAAAAGAAAGCAGGACUUCAAAAUGCCUCAUGACCUGGUUGGAGGCCCGGACGGGAGCGUCUUUGUUGGAGAUGCAGGCAGUGAGGAGGUCUUCAAGUUCUCUGCAGAAAAGUCCCAUCGCUCGGUGAAAAAGGCGGGGAUCCAGGUUCAGGAGCUGGAGGAAGUGGAAGCAUUCAUCCAAACCAGGGUGAAGCCGCAGAGGAACACGUCACAUGUGGCAGCAGCUGGACCGGAGAAGCAGACGGUGGACAAACCGAGUCUGCCGGUGGUGCAGGAGGAAAAGAAGACGGUGAAGGCCGGCAGGGAGAAUGGCGCCAUGGCGGCAGUGAUCAUCACGCUGCUCCUGCUGCCUCUGCUGCUCGUCGUCAUUAUCGGAGUCUUUGUGUGUUGGAGAAGAAACAGACACGGUGAUCAGAAAGCAGAACCGCGCUCUGUGGUCGGCAUACUGGGAAGAAUAAAGGGUAAGGCGGUCGGAGGCCUAAACCUGGGGAACUUCUUUGCGUCUCACAGAGGUUACACCCGUCAGGGCUUCGAUCAGCUGAGCACGGAGGGUAGCGACCAGGAGAGGAACAUGGAGGACAGCAGCGACUCGGACAAUGAGGAGUACUCCGCCCCCCCGUUGCCCCCUCAGCCCGCCUCCUAGGUGGUCUGCUCUGCUUCCUGUGCUCACAUGUGCUUACUCGUCAUGUGUGUGACUGUGGUGUCAGCUGCCAGUCCUGCUGUUGUACAUAUUUCCAUGUGUUCGUGUACAUAAUCAAAUUCGUCUGGACUGGUUCCGUCCAGAGGCAGAGGUUUGAUUCCCCUCACUGAAUACAGACUCCGCCUUAAACAGGAGCAGCGGUCCACUCGCAGGUUUAUGCUCAACAGGUGAUGGGAGGAGCGUUGAUGGAGGCGGAGCCUCUGACCUCAGACCAGCUCACUGCAGUCACAAGGCUCUUAGUGUUGUGCAGACCCCCCUCCCCCUCACCUUCAGGGUCUUGAGGAGAAGUUUUGGGCUCAGACCUGCUGACCACUCUGGGCUCAGAACUCGGUCCAUCUCCUCAUUCCGAGCCAAAACCCAGUCCAGGGCACUCAGGCGGGUCAGAAACAUUUCAGGGCGUCUGGAGGUCAUUUAAGUGCAGCUUCUCCAAAACAAAACCUCCUCAUUUGGCUUCGUUUCUGCUUAUGUGCCUUCAGCUCUGAUCUUUUUCCAGAAUUAGUCUGCAGAGAUCAGACCUGCACAGCUGCUGUUCGCCACAAUCUGGAUCUGAUUCAGGGUCUGCAGCAUCUUCUUGGACCAAAAGCAUUUUAAAUGAAGAAACAUUUAUCAAGUUCGGCCUCCAACGUCAGCAGCUCAGCGUCCGAUGGAGCUGCUUAAAGGAGACUGAAUGACAAACGGCGUCUGCUGAGACGAGCUUUUCCACGUUUUGCAGGGAUCAAAGCGCUUUGCAGUCACAGUCCGUUCAGAAUCCAACCUUCGCUCAGAACCGAAGACUGAGGGGUGACCUUAAGGGUGGAGGAAGUUAAGAAGUCCUAAGUUUAAGUUGGGCGGGGACAGGCGGGUUACCAAGUUGAGAAAGGAAUAGUCUGACAUUUCAUUUGUGGGGGGGGGGUCCUGCACCUAAACGUAAGUUAACUUUAUUUAAAAUGUAAAGAUAAUCCGGCCAAAAUGAACCCGGCAAUCGCAAUCAUCCGGGACGCUCUGCUCCCUUCCUCACGUGCACGUCAUGCGCUCACACAGAAGCUCCCCUCACAGCUGGAAUGUGGCAGCUGGCCUUCCUCUUAUUUGCUGUUAUACUGAUUCUGCUGCAAGAGUAAUUUUUUCAUGGUAUUUGUGUAAUAAAGUGUUUGCAAAGCA